GUCUCAAGAUCGCACGAAGUCAGCAGAAAUUCCGGCGAACUGAAAUCUAGAAUCAACUGUCAGUCACGAACAUCUACGAUUUCACCUGGUCAGCGUUAUAAAAUCGGUUGUGCAGCGCAAAUGGGCAAACAGUUUGAAUUGGAGCACCCACAAUGAUGACGGGAAAGAGCAGCCUCUGUGGCUACACGUUGUUACUUCUUCUGGCGGUUAUCCAUCUCCAGGCGAAUGCCGUACCCACCACGACCACAAAAUCCCCAUCGACGGUGGCCACGCGCCGGGUAAAUCCCCUGACGGAGUCGAAGCUCGAGAAGAAUUGCAAGGCUCUGUGCGAGCACUGCGGCUGCUUGGGCUUCUACUGCGGCGAGGAGUGUCUGUGCGAGUGCAAUGAUGAUAACUCCGAUACCGAGUGCAUCCGCACCAUGCAGCUGAAUGCCAAGACGCUGAAUCUCCCGUUUGAGAUAGUCAUCCAGGGGCCGAGUAGCAAUCGCUUUGUGCGCAAUGCCCAGCAGUUCGAGCAGAAGCGCGAUUUGGUGGCCAGGAGUGCCUCCUCUUCGGGUCAAGUGCCUCGCAGCCGUCGCUCCAACAUAACCAUCUACAAGCCUUCCAUUAAAUCGGACAAUCAACCUAUAGCCAACACCCUGGUUACCGCUUCCAAAGCUUCGGAACUGGAGGUCACCAGGCACAAGAGGUCCGUCGAUCACCUGGAGUGGUUCAAUGACUUUGCCAGCUCCCUGGUGAGACCCUCGCCCCUGGGCACCAAGGCUCAAAAGCAGCCAAGGGAGUCCAAGCCAUCGCCUUUCAAGCGCCAGACUCCGCUGGAGGAGCCGGUGCGUCGUGAGCCGUGGUUCCUGGAGCAGGCUGCUCCCCGUCUAACUCGUCCCGCUCCCCUCAAGAAGGAGCAAAUCUCUCGGAAGAACAAGAAGAGUCCUCUGGCCCGCAAGAUGGCCAAAAGUAAGGCGAGCAAAGAACCCGAGCGAGAGAUUCGACCCCUCCGCGAUGCUCUGCAGGUUGUGGAGCGGAUUCCCCGGGUGCUCCAGGAUACAGUGAGUCAUCUCUCGAACGAUCCCCGUAGUGGCGAUGUCUUCAGCCUGAAUAUUAUGCACGAGGCUUUGCCGCAGGAGAAGAAUCACCAGGAGGAGGAGGAGGAGGAACGUGUGCCCCGGAGGCCAAGUGCCAACUUCCGUAAUCAACGUCGCAAUGAGAUCGUUCCGGAGGCUGUGACCCUGGCUGCUCCAAUGGACCUAGCACCUCGAGCUCCACUGGCACUUCCUGUCCAGCGAGGAGGUCUCCUGCUGCCCUGGUUGAGGCAGCGGCGUCUCAUGCGUCUGCAGCAGGCUCGGGGGAAUAUGUAG